AUGAACAACGGAGCCAUCGGGGAGAGAGACGCGGCCGAGCGGAACGCGGGGACAACGAGGGCUUAGUGGUGAGAGGAGAAGGCGGUAGACACCACGGCAGCAGAGGUCCGCGCCAUGUGCCCCGGCCUCCCUGCCCGUCGCCCCCCGUCGUCCCCAUGUCGCUGUGGGUGUUGAGGUCCUGCCCGGCGCGGCCCGGGUGGCUGCCCGCCGCGGGCCUUGGGCUGCUCCUGCUCCUGUUUCUACUGCUGCUGCCGCCCCUGGCUCCAAAGCUUCGUCCGCUCCGGUGUAUCCUGGGUGGAGGAGGAGGAGAAGGCGGCAGUGGCCGGGCCACGCACGUGGACGCGUGCGGCGGCGGUGGCCGGCCCGAGUAUGCGGCCACCACGGCGCUGUUGGGACUGGUGAUGAGGCUGCCCCUAGGUCUCGGUGUCGGAGGAGAUGGAGGAGCGGUGGAAGCUGGAGCGGGAGGUUGGAGCUGGCCUGCGACAGAAAAACCCAAGACCUCUCCUGACAUUAGGCUGGAAGCUCAAGCAUCACUGCACCAGGCUUUGGAGAUGAAGCGACAAGGCAAGCGCGACAAAGCACGGCGUCUCUUCCAGCACUGCUUGCGUCUCGAUCCUGACUUUCCCGAUGCUCUCAAUGAGUACGGCCUCUUCCUGGAGGAGGAUGAAAACGUGGUGCAGGCAGACCACAUGUUUAACCGUGCACUCGCACUCAUGCCCUGUCAUUUGCAAGCGCUUAGCAACCGCGGGCGAACCUCGCCCCUCGUGGAAGAGAUCGACCAGCGUCGCUUCGCCAUCAUCGACAGCAAGGUCAAGAAGCUUUUGCUCAUCCCCAAGUGGGACGGAGCCUUACGGCGAGUGAUGGAGGAGAGCUAUUACCAUCACAUCCAUCACACGGUAGCACUCGAGGGCAACACACUAACACUCUCAGAAAUCAAGCACAUUGUCGAGACACGUUACGCAGUCUAUGGAAAAAGCCUCGCCGAGCAGAACGAAGUUUUGGGCAUCGACGCCGCCAUGAAGUACAUGAACGCCUCGCUCGUCAACCGCAUCGGCUCAAUCACUACCACCGAUAUCCUGGAGAUCCACCGGCGAGUGCUGGGCCACGUGGAUCCCAUAGAGGCUGGCUAUUUUCGUCGAUCACGCGUCUUCGUUGGGAGCCAUCUGCCUCCAGAGCCGCGCGAAGUGGAGAGGCACAUGGGAAAGUUCACGCAGUGGCUCAACUCCGAAGAAGCGCUAGCCCUGCACCCGAUAGAGUUCGCCGCGCUGGCGCACUACAGGCUGGUGUACGUGCACCCGUUUGUAGACGGCAACGGGCGAACGUCACGUCUCCUCAUGAACCUCAUUCUCAUGCAGGCCGGGUAUCCGCCAGUCACCAUCCGCAAAGAACAACGCGCUGAAUACUACACUGCGCUGCAAGUUGGGAAUGAUGGGGACGUGCGACCUUUCAUACGCUUCAUUGCACGAUGUGCAGAGAUGACAUUGGACCAGUAUCUCAUAGCCAGCUCAGAUUUCAGUCCAGACAAGGGACUCCCAGAAAGCAUUCCAGAAUAUUCAAACACGAUACAAUUGAAAGACUGGUAAAGUCUUUGAUAUUGAUUUCAUUUGUUCGUGCGGAUUGUUAUUACUGACCAUUAAAAACGUAUGUGCUGAGCAUGUGCUUCGUUUGAACCGACAGAUAACGUUCAAUGUGCAAUAGCAGUGUGGUUCAAAGGCUAUUUCAAUCUUUACUCGUUUAAGUAUACUUGGAUUUCUAACAGCCUUGCAUGUAUCUUCAUGUUCAGUCUUGAUUAUUUGCAUCGCGUUCCAAUUAUGCAUUUCUAAGACCUUGCCUAACCGGUAUAUCUUCCCCACACAGUACAGACCCGAGGAGGCAUUCUUAUUGAUCAACGUAACAGCCUUUCAGUUUUGCGGUGCAAUUUUUCAGGGAAAUGCAUAUUUCUCUUUUGUGUGCAAUUUUGUUAAUGGCAUUAUGUCAUUAAAUGUGUAAUAGAGACAAAAGUAAAAAAUGUAGCAGUCCCUUGUUUGUAAAUUAUGAUGGAACAGUAUAUUUUCAUAGCGUUUCACAUGCAGAAUGUUUCUUAACAUCGUGUGUUGCAAUCAAAACGUGUUCUGACUACAUUGUGUUGAAUAAAUAAUUUAUUUUGCAAAUAUAA